UUGGUUUCGACUCCUAUUUUGGUCAGACAGUUCAGUUGCGUACGAAGCAGCAGCAGCUUUGGUUGGAUCAACUCCAUUCGCCCCGGUGACGACUUUUGCUCCACUGGAACAGUGUCCCCUGCACACUUUCAGCACCACCACACCUCUUCACUUCUACCAAUUCCAAUUCCAAUUCCUCAUCGAUUGAACACACCUCCCCAGAGUCGCCAUGCUUGCCACGCAGAGGAGUAUAUCGGGGUCGUCGCAGAGCCCUAGAUCGCCGUCGUCGCAGCCGUUCCUCUCGGUCUCGGUCACUGAUCCUGUCAAAUUGGGCAAUGGCGUCCAGGCCUACAUCUCCUACCGAGUCAUCACCAAGACAAACUUUCCAGAGUACCAAGGGCCUGAGAAGAUUGUCAUCCGACGUUAUAGUGAUUUUGUUUGGCUGCGAGAUCGUCUUUUUGAAAAGUACAAAGGAAUUUUUAUUCCUCCUAUCCCAGAAAAGAGUGCUGUAGAAAAAUUCCGUUUCAGUGCUGAGUUCAUUGAGAUGAGACGUCAAGCGUUGGAUGUGUUUGUCAAUCGUAUAGCUUCGCACCAUGAGCUUCAGCAAAGUGAAGAUCUUAAAACAUUCCUACAGGCUGAUGAAGAGACAAUGGAGAGGUUACGGUUUCACGAAACUGGCAUCUUCAAGAAGAAGCCAUCAGAUUUGAUGCAAAUAUUCAAGGACGUACAAUCCAAAGUGAGUGAUGUUGUCCUUGGGAAGGAAAAGCCAGUUGAAGAGUCAAAUCCUGAAUAUGAGAAGUUGAAACACUACAUUUUUGAGCUUGAAAACCAUUUGGCUGAAGCCCAGAAGCAUGCAUAUCGUCUUGUAAAGAGGCACCGAGAGCUGGGACAGUCUCUAGCAGAUUUUGGGAAAGCAGCCAAGCUUCUUGGAGCUUGUGAAGGUGAUGCUCUUGGGAAGGCGUUUUCAGAGCUUGGGGCAAAGUCAGAGGCAUUAUCUUUUAAGCUGCAAAAAGAGGCCCAUCAACUGUUGAUGAAUUUUGAAGAACCCUUGAAAGAUUAUGUUCGGGCUGUUCAAUCUAUUAAGGCCACCAUAGCUGAGAGAGCAAAUGCCUUCAGGCAACAGUGUGAACUUGCUGAGACAAUGAAGUUGAAGGAGAUAAAUCUUGACAAACUCAUGCUAACCAGAUCAGACAGGGUGGGAGAAGCUGAACAUGAGUAUAAGGAGUUGAAGGCUGAUAGUGAGGAAGCGACCAGAAGAUUUGAAACAAUUGUGCGAUUGAUGAAUGAAGAGAUUGUCCGCUUUCAAGAACAAAAGACAAUAGAUAUGGGAGUUGCAUUCCACGAAUUUGCCAAAGGGCAGGCACGCCUGGCAAAUGGCAUUGCAGAUGCUUGGCGAAGUCUCCUGCCUAAACUCGAAAGUUGUUCACCAGCUCAGUGAAUGAACAUAAUGACCAGAGCAGUAUACUUCACUUGUAAAACCUGUGGACCUUGAGGAGUUUAUUCCGCUAUUCUGGUGUUGUAUGAGUUGUGGUGGUUGUUUGAUAAAAACUAUUUCUUUUUAACUAAUUACUUGUACAAAUUCAGAGCUAAUUGAAAAAAGUUCUAAUUUCAUGUCUAA